AUGCGUCACCUACCUGACGGAAGAAUUGAUAAACAUUUUACUUCCACCAACAACUCUCUAACAGGACUCCUGUAUCACUUAAAGCGAUUGAUAAGUGAUUUGUUCAUUGUUGAUAAAUCUAUUAAACCCGAAGAUGAAAAUGAAGGUGAAAAUAUUUCAAGUGUAUACUUGAAUAAACAUAUACUAAAAAGAAAGGUUGAAGAAAUAUUGCUGUAUGAUGCCAAUUUUCAGAAAGAGCUGUUAUCUGUAUAUUAA